CAUUGAUCAGUGGUUGUUAUUCAUCUCGUCAACUCAACGGCCGGUGUGUGUUUGUGUCUGUCUGCCCGUCUUUUCCCUCCAAUCAAGAGCUAGAGCCAUUUCAGGUCGUUUUCUGUGACUACGUCGCCUCGCCGGCUUUCCCGUUGCAUGGUUCUAUAUAUGUAACCACCACGGGUGCCCACCUAUGUUCUCCUCUCCAGUUCUAUAUCCCUUUGCGCCAGCUACUUUGAUUUGAUCUGCUGCCUCUUCCUGCUCAGAUAGGGAAUUUCAUCUGUGCGAAGGAGGAUCCGUCGAUGGUGAUGAUGGGGCAGCUGGGGAGGCUGGUGGACGGGCUGAGGUCCAAGAUGAGGGCCGGCGGCGGGAAGAAGGGGGCGGGGAAGAAGGCGGCGGCGGCGGCGGCGUACGAGCAGAUGGGGAAGACGGAGAGCAUGAGGGUGGAGAUCAAGAGCCGGCAGGCGCAGAAGCUCAUCGCCAAGAACCUCGUCGCCGCCGACUCCAUAGGCCGCAGGAGCAGGAACAAGCGCUUCUUCCUCGCCUUCUAGCUGCAGGCGUUCUUCAAAAGGAAGAGCUGUGUCCUGUCCUAACAUGUGAGCUUUAGACAGUACAGUACGUACCGUUGCGUAGCGAAUGUAAAGAAACCUCAGGAAAGCAACCGCAUACAGCGGGAAGCUCUCUGUUACCACCUGUAACCACACAUGCAGUACUAUCUGUCUCACCCGUGAA